UAUCAAGCAGGCUUAGAUAUCUAGUAAGGUACCUACCUAGGAUAUGGGAGAUAGCUAAGAGUCUUGGAAGUACGACGAGGGGAAGAAAGUUGGAGAGGAGCUAUGAUAUUUUGCUUUGUAUGCAUGCAACCUCCCACCUCGGAUGCAGCCGAGACGAUGCGGUGGUGAUGAUGAUAUCGAGACGAAGAAUGGUGUGUCGGCAUCGCUUCUUCGUCAAUUUACGCGCGAUUAAACUAGGAUUGAGGGAUUGAGAUUAUAAGCAGAGACUUAGUCCCUUCUUUUUACGGUUUAAGGAGAGUGAUCUAGGUCUACGGUGCUUCAUUUCACAUUGAAAUACGUGGGCGUAUCACCGCCGUCAUGGAACUCACCAUCUCUACCAUCCUUGCUCUUGUGGUCCUCGGCAGCGCAACACCACUAACUCUCACAUCUCCCAACCCAGCGGCCGUGCUCCUACAAUCUAGAGCUGACGCGCCAUCCGCAUUGUCCUGCGAGGCAUCUAGCUGGCCGCCCAACUUAAUCGGUGUCACCAACGAGCCGCAACUGCCGUCCGAGGACCUCUCAUCUAUACUCGCGGAAGUCGAUCCGGCCAACAUCGAGGCUACGGUUCUAAAACUGGUUUCCUUUGGCACACGCCACACGUUGUCGACCCAGAACUCCAGCACGCGCGGGAUCGGCGCGGCGCGAGACUGGAUCCACUCGGAGUUCCAACGGUACGCGAAUGCGAGCGACGGCCGGUUAACCGUCGAGACGGUGGGAUACAUACAGGAGGUAGACGGCGACCGGAUCCUGUUUCCGACGCUGAUCAGCGAUGUCGUUGCUAUGCUUCAUGGGGCCGAGGAGAACAGGCUAUAUGUCGUAAGUGGACACUACGACUCGCGGGUGUCUGACCCUUUAAACUACGAAGAUGAUGCUCCCGGGGCGGAUGAUGAUGCCUCGGGAGUGGCGAUCUCGCUCGAGUUGGCGAGGGUCUUUUCGCAGACGAAAUACCCGAGGCCAAAGGCGAGUAUUGCAUUUGUGGCGGUCGCCGGCGAGGAGCAAGGACUGUAUGGAGCGCAGUAUCUGGCGCAGAAGUACGCUAAUGCUACGCCGAGAGUUAACGUCGAAGGCAUGUUCACAAACGACAUCGUAGGCUCCCCCAAAGGCGGCACUGACGGGGAACGUAACGACCCGUACGUGAUCCGGUUAUUCGCGCAGAGCCUACCGCCUCUCACGGUAGAAAACAGUACUACACGCGAAAGUCGCCUGACGAUCGGUGGUGAAAACGACAGUCCAGCACGCCAACUAGCCCGGUUCGUCAAAGAGGUCGCCGAGAAUGAGGCGACGGGGAUGAACGUAUCGGUUGUUUAUAGACUUGACCGUUACCUGCGAGGCGGCGACCACCGGCCCUUCCUCGAGGCCGGGUACCCGGCGGCGCGAUUUACAGAGCCGCAUGAGGACUUCGCGCACCAGCACCAAGAUGUGCGCAUCGAUGAUACUGGCAAGCAGUACGGCGACCUGCCCGAGUUCGUGGACUACGAAUUCGUUGCGCGCGUUGCGAGGGUCAAUGGCGCGGCAUUGUGGAGCCUGGCGACGGGUCCUGGUGCCCCGCGGAACGUGAGGGUCGAUACAACGGCUUUAAGCCCAAACACGACGCUCUACUGGGACCCGCCGAACCCAGAGUACGGCGGUGGGUAUGAGAUAGUGUGGAGACCGACGAGCGCGCCGUUUUGGACGGGGGUGCUUGACGUUGGACCCGCUAUACAGGCCAUGCUGUCACUGAGUAAGGACGAUGUUGUAUUUGGUGUCAGGGCGAAGAGUGAUGAUGGUUUUAGGGGAGUUGCUGUGUUGCCUUUUCCUGGGUCGGGGUGAGAAGAUAGUCAUCUUUCUCGGGCGUCGUAGUUCUCCUCGAUUUGCGCGAAAAUACUAUUAGGUCCUCGAGGGUCUAAGCCACUUGAAUGAAAUAGAACACGGAAUACGAUCUUCGGACAAUAUGCGGAAUGGCAUUAGGCGAUUGUCGUGGAACAAGAUGGACAUCGUCCCGUUUGUACUGCCUUGUACCCAUACUCGGGGAUACCCAUGAUCUCAUUUAAUAGAGAAUAGUUUGGAUAUAAAUAAGGUGAACCGUCAAUUUCGUAGUAGUUAAGCGAGACGUUGUAGCUCUAUCGUUGGGGAUGCUAAACUCCAUGUCAGUUAUCGUCGCGUCCCAGAGUAGGUACACAGUAACACGGUCAUUUCAUCGUCAAUGAGAUUGUAAUGACCGAGUUUUUAUUUGAAUGAUAG